AUGGCGAAAUGGAACUUGUGUAUGAGAAUACUAGUGACUUUACUGCUAGAUACUCUGCCUAUGUUAGGCAAUGUCCUUCUCCUUUGUUUUUUUGUCUUCUUUAUAUUUGGAAUUGUUGGAGUGCAGCUAUGGGCUGGGCUGCUAAGGAACAGGUGUUUUUUUGAAGACAGCUUUGCAAUGUAUUACAAUGUUUCUUUACCUCCAAAUUAUCAGAUAGAAGGUGACGAAACUCCAUUUAUUUGCUCACUGCCACGGGACAAUGGCAUGCAGAAAUGUCAGGACCUUCCAAAUUUGAAAGAAAAUGGAGCCGAAUGUUUUCUUAGCUUGGAUUCUUACAGCCACCCAAGAUAUAGCCUGGAAAUGAACAAUACAAGUGGUUGCAUAAACUGGAAUCAAUACUACAACAUGUGCAAAACGGGAGAUGUAAAUCCACAUAAGGGUGCCAUUAAUUUUGAUAAUAUAGGAUAUGCCUGGAUUGCCAUUUUUCAGGUUAUUACCCUGGAAGGAUGGGUAGACAUCAUGUAUUAUGUUAUGGAUGCACAUUCUUUUUACAAUUUUAUAUAUUUUAUACUGCUUAUAAUAGUUGGUUCAUUCUUCAUGAUUAACUUGUGCCUGGUUGUCAUAGCAACUCAGUUUUCAGAAACAAAGCAACGUGAGAACCAGUUAAUGCAGGAGCAGCGAGCCCGCUUUCUUUCAAACGAUAGCACAAUUGCCAGUUUCUCUGAGCCUGGAAGCCUCUAUGAAGAGCUCCUUAAAUACAUUUGCCACCUCUUCAGGAAAGUGAAGCGGCGGACACUGCGCCUUUACAACAUUUGGCAGAAUAAACAACGCAAAAAGGUCACCCCAAACAGUUCAAAUGGCCAAGGGAGGAAAUGGCGGAAUAAAGGUCGUGUAAGGUCAAUCCAUCAUUUAAUUCACCAUCAUCAUCAUCAUCAUCAUCAUCAUUACCAUAUCAGCAAUGAUAAUUCAAAGGCACAGCAGGGCAGUCCAGAACUUUGUGAUAUGGAGAUGAAAUCAUUGCGAUCUGGCAGUAAGCUCAUGCUUCCUUCAUCUGCACUAAACCAUCAGAGUCCUUCUUCAGGUACUGAGUCGGUUCGCAGUAUUUACCAUGCCGACUGCCACUUUGAAGGCCCACAAAUGACAUACAAGUCUUCCACUACAACUAAUGUUAAACUAAUGACUGGCAUUACACACCAUGGAGGCAUGAACUAUCCAACAAUUGUUCCACCCGUGACUAGUAGAAGCAGCUGCACACCAAAACUAAAAGGCAACAGUAGCAGUAAUACACCCAUCACUGUGGGCAGAAGGAACCCGAACAUGAACUUGGCAGAUUCCUAUGGCAAACUGCACCAUUUUGUGGGAGAACACGGAAUCUUUCGAGCUGCAAGCAAGUUAUCAGGGCUCAAUGUGUCAUGUUCCACACCCAAUGCACAGGCUGGUGUUUUGACUUGUGAGCUCCAGAACUGCCCUUACUGUGCUCAUGCUUUGGAAAAUCCAGACCUGGAGCUCAGUGAUUCAGAAAGUUGUGAUUCUGAUGCUGAUGGCGUGUACGAAUUUACGCAAGACAUCACACAAGGUGACCACAGCGAUCAGAGACACAAGAACAAAAAGAAACCAAAGGAAAAGAAUAAAUUAGUCCUGCUAUGGACAUUAUUCUCUGAAAGAAUGAAAAGAAUUGUGGGAAGUAAAUACUUCAACCGUGGAAUUAUGAUUGCCAUUCUGAUCAAUACAUUGAGCAUGGGUAUUGAAUACCAUCAACAGCCGGAAGAGCUUACCAAUGCCCUGGAGAUCAGCAACAUUGUAUUUACCAGCAUGUUUGCUUUGGAAAUGAUUCUUAAACUUUUUGCAUUUGGUCUUUUUGGUUACAUUAAGAAUCCAUAUAAUAUUUUUGAUGGAAUUGUUGUCAUUAUCAGUGUUUGGGAAAUCAUUGGUCAGUCUGAUGGUGGCCUUUCGGUGCUGAGAACAUUCCGGCUGCUCCGAGUUUUGAAGUUGGUCCGUUUCCUGCCUGCACUACGACGCCAGUUAGUGGUUCUGAUGAAAACCAUGGACAACGUGGCUACGUUCUGUAUGCUGCUUAUGCUGUUCAUAUUUAUUUUCAGUAUUCUGGGCAUGCACCUGUUUGGAUGUAAAUUCAGCUUGAAGAUGGAGAAUGGAGACACAAUACCAGACAGGAAGAAUUUUGAUUCGUUAUUGUGGGCAAUCGUCACUGUAUUUCAGAUCCUUACUCAGGAGGACUGGAAUGUAGUCCUGUAUAAUGGAAUGGCCUCCACCUCACCCUGGGCUGCCCUGUACUUUGUGGCAUUAAUGACUUUUGGCAACUAUGUGCUUUUCAACCUACUGGUUGCUAUUCUUGUGGAAGGCUUCCAAGCAGAGGGUGAUGCCAACAGAUCAGAUACAGAUGAAGAAAAAACAUCUGCUAAUUUUGAUGAGGAGUGUGAACAAUUUAAAGAUCAUUCUUCUGAUUUAAAAAUGUAUUCAGUCGUCAUGACAUCAAAUGGACAUUUGGAUUCACGAAGCAGCAUACCACCACCAAUUAUCAUGCGUACUGCUGCUACGCCAAUGCCGACACCAAAGAGUUCACCAUGUAUGGAUUCAGUUCAUACUUACUUAGAAUCCAGAAGAGGCAGCAGUGCUUCUAUUGAUCCUACAAAUUAUGACCAGAGGUCUUUGUCCAGCAUUCGCAGUUCACCUUGUGCCCCUUGGGGCACCAACAGUAAUUGGGGUAGUCGCCGCUCAAGCUGGCAUAGUCUUGGAAGGGCACCCAGCCUAAAACGGAAGAAUCAGUCAGAUGAAAGGGAAUCCCUGCUCUCGGGUGUAGGACGUGAAAAUUGUGGUGAAGAUGAUGAAUCUGAAGAUGCAAAGUCUAGCAAAGCUGGCAGCCUCAGUGGAUGGUCCUUGCACCAUCGUGCUGAAUUUUUUGAUACCAAAGGAUCCAUAGACUUGCCUGAGCUACUUCAAGUACCAGUAAUGCGACAUUCUGUGACCUUUAAUCCUAUGUGCACAACACCUUGUGACUACCAAGAUUGCAAUGGCAAAUCCUUGCACUUUCCAAAUGAGAUCUUUCCUCGAAUGGAUAACCACAAAGAUGACCCAAACGAUUAUGAAGAUGAAAUUGAUGAUAGUUACUGUUUUAGAGUCUGGCAAUUUCUGGAGCCAUACAAACCAACGUGGUGUAAAACGCAUGAGGAUUGGGCACUCUACUUGUUUGCUCCUCAAAACCGGUUCCGCAUCAUGUGCCAGAAGAUCAUUGCUCACAAGAUGUUUGACCAUGUGGUCCUUGUAUUUAUAUUUCUGAAUUGCAUUACAAUUGCUCUUGAAAGACCCGAGAUUGACCCAAACAGUACAGAACGGAUGUUUCUGAGUGUCUCAAAUCAUAUCUUCACUGCUAUUUUUGUUGUUGAAAUGGCUCUUAAGGUCAUAGCACUAGGAUUCUUUUCUGGUGAGAAUGCCUAUCUCCAAAGCAGCUGGAAUAUAUUGGAUGGCAUCCUAGUCUUUGUUUCUGUAAUUGACAUAAUUGUCUCCCUGGCAUCAGCAGGAGGGGCAAAGAUCCUUGGUAUUCUCCGUGUAUUACGACUCUUGCGAACCCUACGACCACUGAGAGUCAUCAGUCGAGCUCCAGGUCUCAAACUGGUAGUAGAAACCUUAAUAACUUCCCUUAGACCCAUCGGGAAUAUCGUACUCAUCUGCUGUGCGUUCUUCAUAAUCUUCGGAAUCUUGGGGGUCCAGUUGUUUAAAGGCAAGUUCUACCAUUGUGAUGGACAUGAUACCAGGAAUAUUACAAAUAAGUCAGAAUGUGUCCAAGCUAACUAUAAAUGGGUGCGCCGUAAAUACAAUUUUGAUAAUCUUGGACAGGCAUUGAUGUCACUCUUUGUUUUAUCCUCCAAAGAUGGUUGGGUGAAUAUAAUGUAUGAUGGCCUCGAUGCUAUAGGAAUUGAUAAGCAGCCACAAAGGAACCACAAUCCCUGGAUGCUCUUGUACUUCAUCUCCUUUCUCCUGAUUGUGAGCUUCUUUGUGUUAAACAUGUUCGUGGGAGUAGUGGUGGAGAACUUCCACAAGUGCCGGCAGCACCAGGAGGCUGAGGAGGCCCGCCGGCGGGAGGAGAAACGUUUGCGACGGUUGGAAAAAAAGCGCAGGAAAGCCCAACGCAGACCCUAUUAUGCUGACUACUCCCCAGCUCGACUUUACAUCCAUAAGUUGUGCACCAACCACUACCUGGAUCUAUUUAUCACAUUCAUUAUUGGUAUAAAUGUUAUCACAAUGUCCAUGGAGCACUACCACCAGCCACCUUCUCUUGAAGAAGCUCUAAAGUAUUGUAACUACGUGUUCACCAUCGUCUUUGUCUUCGAAUCUAUUCUUAAGCUCAUUGCAUUUGGCUUCAGGAGGUUCUUUAAAGACAGAUGGAACCAAUUGGAUCUCGCUAUUGUUCUUCUCUCAAUAAUGGGAAUAACCUUGGAAGAAAUCGAAAUUAAUGCCUCCUUGCCCAUUAACCCCACUAUCAUUCGCAUCAUGAGAGUGCUACGAAUUGCAAGAGUGCUGAAACUACUCAAGAUGGCUACUGGAAUGCGGGCUUUACUUGAUACAGUUGUGCAAGCUUUGCCACAGGUUGGAAACCUUGGGUUAUUGUUCAUGCUUUUGUUUUUUAUCUAUGCGGCUCUUGGAGUUGAACUCUUUGGAAAACUGGUUUGCAACGAUGAAAAUCCAUGUGAAGGCUUGAGUCGACAUGCAACAUUUGAGAAUUUUGGAAUGGCAUUUCUAACUUUAUUCCGAGUUUCUACUGGCGAUAACUGGAAUGGAAUAAUGAAGGAUACAUUGCGAGAAUGUGGCAGUGAGGAUAAGCACUGCCUCACCUACCUCCCUUUCUUCUCUCCUGUGUACUUUGUCACUUUUGUUCUAAUCGCUCAAUUUGUGCUCGUCAAUGUUGUGGUUGCUGUUCUAAUGAAACACUUGGAGGAGAGCAACAAGGAAGCCAAAGAGGAUGCAGAGCUUGAUGCAGAAAUAGAGCUGGAAAUGUCACGAACCCAGGGAGCAUCAACUAGCAGCAUUGGACAAACCCCUAUCCUUGACAGCAGAGCCACAGGAGCUGGCCAGGAGUCAGUAAGACUUGAAUCACCAGUACACGUAAAACAAUUAGUGGAAGAUCCUCGAUACAGCAAAAUAAUAGGAGAGAAUCAAACAGAAAAUUUGCUUACUGUUCGGAAAGUUUCUGUGUCUCGAAUGCAUUCCUUACCUAACGACAGCUACAUGUUUCGCCCAGUUAGAUCAGCCCAAUCUCAUUAUCCGCUGCAUGAGGUGGAUCCCCAUCAGGGGUCUGUGACUUCAGUCCAGUCCCAGCCUGCUGAAGUUUCUACGUGUCUUGGAGUUCCCACUGAGGAGUCUGCCAGAAAUGACUCAGUGGAUGUUGUGAAUGCGGAAUCUAAGAACAGCUUGAAGCUAGAGUCUAAUGACAGUCUGCAACCAAAACUUUCACCUCAUCAUAUCUUGGUUCCACCAUUAAUGUACUCCACUCCAUUGUCUCCAAAGGUCACCCCUCCGCCUUCGCCACUGUUGACACAACGCAGCAAGCAAUCGAGUGUGCGCACACACAGGCAGGUCUACAGCCAGCGCAGUAUCCCAAGCCGUUCGCCCAGUCACAGCAGUGACAGCAACAGCCCAGCAAGCUCCUUUCUCAACUCUGUGGAUCCAGCCGAUGAAGAAGUGAGGUACAUCAACAGCUCAAUGAGAAACUGGAAGCGACAGUCCGAAGUGAGAAGCCUUUCAUUAUCACCUUUCCUCUCGCUUAACCUGUCGACUGUGGCUUUAAAGAACUCUAACAGUACAGCAAGUUUGACAGGAAUUGGAAGGGAAAAAGACUUGAAGAAGUUCUAUAGUGUUGACGCGCAGGGAUUACUGGCGAAGCCUUCUUGGGCAGACGAUCUAAGGAGACAUUCAAUUGAAAUAUGUCCAUCAAUUGACGAUGAAGAUUCAAAUCUACAGUUAGAAGUUCCAUUUUCUACUGAAGAAAAGCGAGAGCCUUCUGUCCAUGUCCAGUCAGAUUCUGAGUAUAUCCUUGCAGCUCAAAGAAAGAAAAAAAUGAGUCCACCUUGUAUCUCAAUAGAGCCUCCCAUGGAGAGUGAAAGUGGGCCAACUUCUCAUACUGCAGUGUGUGAAGCCAGGAUGCAUUUACGCAAGCGCACACUAUCCUUUGAAUCCAUGGCUCAUAGAGAUUCUCUAGAACUCGGAGAUUUGCAGCCUGGGAGUCAGACCUCAAUAACAGACCAACGAAUUCCCCAGCCCUGUCAAAGCAAGCAUCUUACCAUUCCAGACUUAUCAUUCGACCACUCAGAUGUGAGUUCAUUAAGCAGUUUAUCUGACCUGUUUUCUGACAGCAAUCACUCAACCCCUUCUUCUAGUAUCUCUGCAGAUUCAAGGGUAGAAUUACUGGCCUCCAAACGGAAGAAAAUAGACCAUUUAAAAGCAUCAAGUGAAAACCCUGAUAUUCAUAGGCCUGAAAAUAGUAAAGAGGUGCUUAGCGUCACCAGUACGCCUCUUAGGAAGCGGGGGCUUGUCCGUAUGACAAGCACACGAGAAGACACAGAUGAUCUUGUGGUAUAGCUGAGGAAGAUAAAUUUUCUGGAGGAAGAAAAGACUUAUACCAAUCAAUCACUGUAAAAUGGAGAUUAUUACUCUGUCUAAUGAUACUUGUUGAUCCCUUGUCAUUGCUUCAAGGAUUUUGUAAGGAGAUGCAAAAAAAAGGGAUAUGCAAACAUUUUUUUCAAUGGAACUUGAGUAGCUUCCCAUAGCUCAAUCACAUUGAUUUGAGUCAGAUUUGUGUGUACAGGCACUUUAUUGUGCAAAGCCACAGUAUGCACAAGUGCAGAAAAGAUGAGAACUGUACAGUGAUGUAAUGUUUGCCAUGUAUAUAUAAAUAAUUAUGUAUUAGUGAUAAAUAAUUUAAUUAUGUCUUCAUAAUGCACAUAUUUUUAUAUAGAACUGUAAUGUUUUGCACACUUAAAAUCGAAUUCCAAGUUGAGUGGCGUUUUCUGGUGUUUAAGUGGAAUGUAUAUAAUUUAGACUUUUUUUUCCUUUCUGCUUGCUCAUGCUAGCCUCAUUCUAAAUGUUUACUUUUCUAUCGUAACAUUUACUGAGAACCAAAUUACUACUGGAUUGUAGUCAGUGCAAUAAUAGACUAAUUCAUUGUUCAUUUUUUAAAGAAAGAAUUAAGUCUUCAACCAGGUUAAAUUGCAAUAAAUUAAAGAAAUCGUAGAGAAAAAAGGCACACUAAUAUUAGGGACAUGUCAAACAAAAAAAAAUGAAAAUAUCUAAAGGCAAGUUAUUUAUUCAAUUCCAUUUUAUUUGCAGUUUGGUAAGUUAUUAAUGGUAUUUGUGAAGUUACAUACAUUUCCUGGUCAAUAUUGUUAAAUGUAACCUUUGAAAGCAAAUCUGUUCAUGUUUACUAUAUUGCAUCCAUCAUGCGAGGAAUAACUGUAACUUCAUUUUUAAAUGCUUGUUAAUGUGUUUAACUUUUUUUAGCUUUGGGCUAAUCUGUUUCACAAAAGUAUGUUCGAAUUGUUUCUAAAUGUACAAUAAAUCAGCACUUCUGUCUUAAAAA